AUUAAAGGAAUUGUUAAAAAGAAGUAAAAAGCACACUUUGCAAACUAAUUUACUUUUUAAUUCUAAAUAAUUACACAAAAAGAAAAUCUGGUAUAAUUACUAUCCUGGUACAAACUUUCUUUUAUUACGCAAACACCAUAACCAACUUAUUAUGUUGGUGAUGGUUGUUGGUGAUGCUGUCAAGGGAUUGGGGUUUUGCAACAGGAAGUGUGGAUCAGUCUAUAACUAUGAAGGUGUGUGAGUAAUGGUUCCAGUCAGAAAGAAAAAAGAAAUCUAACUGGACUGAUAUCUACUGGAUCUUAUUCAGCUUUUGCAUAUUUCUGAAGACCCAUUAUGAGUUUCCUUCCUGCUGAAAAACUAGUGCUUGUUCUACAUUUAACCAUAGUUCUGCUGAUACUACCAACACUUACAGUACAGAUGCUGGAGUCGUCUGUUCAGAAAUCUUAAGGGUUGUCAAGUUUGGAGAAGCUCAUGACCUGCCUGGAGUCAAGACCAAUUGCUUUGGAAAUGAGAGACAGUAAACUGGUCCGUCUAAAGAACGGGACCCAUCGAUGCUCUGGGUGGGUGGAAGUCUACCACAACGGACAGCGGGGAACUGUUUGUGACCACAAAUGGGGGAUGCAGGAAGCAGCUGUCGUUUGUCGACAGAUGAAUUGUGGGAACCCGGUCGCAGUCAAGUACAAAGCCCACCUCGGCAGAGGUCAGGAUCAGAUGUGGCUGGAUGACAUCUAUUGUAUUGGUAAUGAGAAGAGCCUGACUGACUGCCCACAUACAGUAGUGUACAGUACAGUCAAGGGGAUCUGUAAAUAAACAACGUUUAUUGUACAAGCUUAGUCAGGCAAUCCAGGUCAUACACAUCAGGUCUCAAGUCUUCAGGCACAAAAGGAGCAGGCAAGUUCUGAUCCAGGAAACAUGCAGGGGUUCGGUACACAGGUUAGCUCGGCAGGGGUACAGACUAGGGCUAGGCAAAUCUUGAGGUCAGACAGUCAGAAUGUUACCGCAUGGUCCAGGCGAAGGUACAGGCGAGGGACAGGCAGGAAUCUGCGGUCAAUAACGGACGUGAUCAGGAAACAAGAUAGCAAUACUAGGAACGCUGGAAUGUGGUACUGAGACUCGACAAUCUGGCAAGGUGCUGGGGUGAGAGAUGGUGCUUAAAUACUGGGUGACUGAUUACUGAUGAUGGACAGGUGUGUACAAUGAAGACCGGUAAUGACGGCGAAAACAGCUGAGAUGAGACAUGAACAGGAAGUCCUUCAAAGUAAAAGCAGAACGAGAACCGGAUCGUGACACAUAGAGGCCUCGGACAACAUGACUGUGACCAUUUGAAGAUGCAGGUGUUAUAUGCUCAGAAAAUGUCAGACUGCUUAAUGGACCAGACUCUGGCAGACUGGAGGUCUUCCACAACGAUAAAUGGGGGAAGAUCUGUUCAAAUAACUGGAGCAGCAAAGAGGCUGCAAUGGUGUGUAAAGAACUCAACUGUGGCACUCCCAAAAGAACCCAAGAGAACUUUGGCGCUGGUAGCAGCGAGCUGGGAACUUAUACGAGCACAUGCUCCGACAGUGUGAGCUCCAUCGCCCAGUGCACACUUCAACAGCACUCAGGAACAUGCAACAGUGUUUCUGUGUCAUGUGCAGAGCUGAGGCUUGUGAACGGCAUUCACCCAUAGCCAGCUGGGAUAGGCUCCAGCCCCCCCGCAACCCCACGUAUAAAGCGGUAGAAGAUGGAUGGAUGGAUGGAUGUACUUUACAUACUAUGAAAGACCCUCAGAUGAACUUAACCAUGGUUCCACUUUUCAAUUUGUGCUGUCUCAGCUUUAUGGUGCAAUAGUGCCUGUGUCUUGCUUCCUGUACUGUGUGUUUGCUCAGUCCAAACAAGCUUCUGUUCGUUCAACAUGGAACAAAGCCACCACUGGCUCUGACAACAUUCCCAAUUUGUUUACUUGUGUCCUCAUUAAUUAUCAAAACUAUGAUGUUUUUUUAUGAAUUUGUGUCAGUGCAUACUUGGUUGGACAACCUGACUAAAUAACCUCUGUGCCGUGUCUCUGAUUUACUGUGGUUUACUUUGUAUUCAGCUUGUGAGAAUUGUAUCCAUUGACACAUUAAUGUUUGUCUAUGUUGCACACAGCAUAUUAGAGUUAAAUUUGUAUUAUAAGCUGAUUUGCCUCAUAUUGACUCGUGCAUGUGUUUUAUUGGUAAACUCAAAUUUUUCUAGCUACAUGUUCAUUUGUUUUUCUUAGUAUCUUUGAAAUAGAUCCUGUCAGUUUAGGACCGAGUUUAGAAUCACCGUAGACUCAGAUCAGUGGUACCACCUUCAACAUCGGGGACUAAUUCAUAUCUUUCCAUGGCUGAUAAAAAAUAAAGUUGGUUGUUUAUGUGUUACUGUGAUGAACCAAUAGAACAAAGAGGAAGUUUUACAAAGGGGAUACAAGCAGCAAAUUAGGAAAUCAGAUAUCUGUACAAACGUUUGGCUGUGCCAGGCAAUUUAAAAUGCUGAAUGGACACUUAAGUUAGGCAACAGCAAGUAGGGUACAUCCUCAUACUGUAAUUCUAUAAAUAAAAUAGAAAUUAAAGGAAUAGUUAAAAAGAAUUAAAAAGCACAGUUUGCAAACUAAAUUACUUUUUAAUUAUAAAUAUUUACAAAGUAAAUCUGGUGUAAUCUACUAUCCUCCUGGUACAAACUUCCUUUUCUUACGCAAACACCAAUCACCAACUUAUUAUGUUGGUGAUGGUUGUUUGUGAUGCUGUCAAUAGAUUGGGGUUUUGCAAGAGGAAGUGUGGAUCAGUCUAUAACUAUGAAGGUGUGUGAGUAAUGGUUCCAGUCAGAAAGAAAGAAGAAAUCUCACUGGACUGAUAUCUACUGGAUCUUAUUCAGCUUUUGGAUGUUUCUGAAGACCCAUUAUGAGUUUCCUUCCUGCUGAAAAACUAGUGCUUGUUCUAUAUUUAACCAUAGUUCUGCUGAUCCUAUCAACACUUACAGAUGCUGGAGUCGUCUGUUCAGAAUGUGAUAAAAUCAGGCUGGUUGGUCCGUCGCGUUGCUCUGGCACAGUGGAGGUCAGCCACAAUGGCAGCUGGGGCACUGUGUGCGAUGACCACUGGAGCCUUCACAGCGCUGCCGUGGUGUGCAGAGAGGUAGACUGUGGCUCGGUGCUUGAGGCCAAAAUGGAUGCCUUCUUUGGGGAGGGGAAGGAAAUGAUUUGGCUGGACGAUGUCCAGUGCAUGGGUGACGAGUCCUCCAUCCUCAAGUGUCCGCAUAACCCAUUUGGGCUAAAUGACUGUCGCCAUGCUGAGGACGCUGGAGUCGUCUGUUCAGAAACUUUGAGGGUUGUCAACGGAAGCAAUCGAUGUAAUGGCAGAGUAGAAGUCUUCUACAAUGAGCGAUGGAGGCGGGUGUGCAGCAGUGACUGGGGCAAGGAGGAAGCAGAGAUACUGUGCAGAGAAUUGAACUGCGGUUCUCCUGACAAUGCGACUGCAGCACAGACGUUUGGAGAACCCCAUGACCUGCCUGGAGUCAAGACCAAUUGCUUUGGAAACGAGAGCUCCUUUUCACAGUGCACCUUUCAAGAAUUCAAGGAAGGCUGUAUUGAUGCUACAGUUUUCUGUACAAACAAUAAACCAGUUCGUCUAAAGAAUGGGACCCAUCGAUGCUCUGGGCGGGUGGAGGUCUACCACAACGGACAGUGGGGAACUGUUUGUGACGACAGAUGGGAUAUGCAGGAAGCAGCCGUUGUUUGUCGACAGAUGAAUUGCGGAAACCCGAUCGCAGUCAAGGACCAAGCCCACUUUGGAAAAGGUCAGGAUCAGAUGUGGUUGGAUGACAUUGACUGUUUUGGUUAUGAGAAUGGCCUGAUUGACUGCCCACAUAGAGGCCUCGGACAACAUGACUGUGACCACUCUGAAGAUGCAGGUGUUAUAUGCUCAGAAAAUGUCAGACUGGUCGGUGGACCCAACUUGUGUUCAGGCAGACUGGAGGUCUUCCACAACGAUAAAUGGGGGAGGAUCUGUUCACAUAACUGGAGCAGCAAAGAGGCCGCCAUGGUGUGUAAAGAACUCAACUGUGGCACUCCCAAAAGAACCCAAGAGAGCUUCGGCGCUGGUAGCAGCGAGCUAAGAAUUUAUACGAGCACAUGCUCUGAAAGUGUGAGCUCCAUGGCCCAGUGCACACUUCAACAGCACUCAGGAACAUGCAACAGUGUUUCUGUGUCGUGUGCAGAGCUGAAGCUUGUGAACGGCACAGACCGUUGCUCCGGCAGAGUGGAGAUUCUGCAUAACAAUCGGUGGGGAACGGUGUGUGGCAAUGACUUUGACAUGAGAGACGCCCAGGUGGUGUGCAGGACCAUAGACUGUGGGUCACCUCUGACCAUCAAGCACAAUGCUUUCUUUGGUAAAGGUGAAGCACAGAUAUGGCUGGAAGAUGUAAACUGCUCCGGCAAUGAGACAUCUCUUGUGCACUGCCAACACCGGUCCUUUGGAGAGAGUAACUGUGGCCACGGAGAGGACGUUGGUGUGAUAUGUUCAGAUUCUAUUCGACUGCUUAAUGGCACUGACCAUUGCUCGGGCCGGGUGGAGGUCAACUACAACGGUCAAUGGUCACCAACAUAUAACGUCAACUGGGGAAUGAACGAAGCCCGAGUGGUGUGUCGAGAAAUUAACUGUGGCGAUCCCGUCCAGGCUGCAGGCUCGUUUGUUGAGAGUGGAGAUCUGAGGGGGCAUAAGAUCAGCUGUGGUGGAGGGGAGAGGUCGCUGAGACAGUGCACACUCGGAGACUACGUGAGAACUAGCAGUGACCAAAUUCAAGAGGCAACGGUCCAAUGUUCAGGCAAUGUGAAAUUAUCCAAUGGGCCGACUCGCUGCGCUGGAACAGUGGAGCUGUACGACGAAGGCCAGUGGGGAACUUUGUGCUCUGAUACUUGGGAUAUGAAAGAUGCAACAGUGGUGUGCAGGCAGCUGGGCUGUGGAAAAGCUCAUAAAAUUAGUACCAAGUAUGAAUCUGGGAACCACAUCAGCCAAACCUGGGUGGAACAAUUUGAAUGUAAUGGACAAGAAGUUGUGUUGUCACAGUGCCGACAAAGACCUUUACAAGACAGAGACAGAACCCGCAACACAACUUCGCUUGCCAGUGUUGUCUGCACAGAAAAUCUGGAGGUGCGGCUGAUUAAUGGUGAGAAUGAGUGCUCUGGCAGAGUAGAAGUCCGGCAUGGUGCGGACUGGAAAACUGUGUGUGACACAGACUGGACCAUGAAGAAGGCUGAAGUGGUAUGUGAGCUCCUAGAGUGUGGCCACGCCGUAAAUGCCACCAGCGCCACCAGCCAAGGCAAUGGGCCAGCAGUGGACUCCAAGGAUUCCUGCUUUGACAAUGUGACGGCUCUGCAGCAAUGCUCAGUCAAAGGUUUCACAGCGGGAACAUGUGGGCAUGAACAAAACGCUGGUGUUUUCUGUGUUGCACAGCUCCGUUUGGUCAGCAAUUUCAGCCAAUGCGCCGGCAGAGUGGAGAUCCUCCAUAAAGGCCAGUGGGGGACUGUGUGUGAUGAUGAGUGGGAGAUGAGCGACGCCAACGUGGUGUGCAAGCAGCUCGGCUGUGGCCACGCAGUGCUUGCUCCCACGUCUGCCCACUUCGGUGAAGGCACUGGACCGAUAUGGCUCGACGACGUGGGAUGUUCGGGUGAAGAAGCCGCUCUCACGCACUGCAAGCAUCUCGGAAUUGGUGAAAAUAACUGUGAGCACGGUGAAGAUGCUGGUGCCAUCUGUUUAAGUUCUCUAGAGAAGCCCCAGAUCACCUUGAGUCCUGGUCCUGAGGUGAACUGGGGCGACAAAGUUGAAAUCACCUGCACUAUAGUAACAGAGCACUUAGGUGGAACAGAGAACUUAGGUGGAACAUUUGUCCUGAGAAAAACUCAAGACUCUGCCAAAUUGGAGAGGUUCUCUGAACAUGAAGCUGUUACCUUCAUCUUUUGUAAAGUGGACUUCAACCACACAGGGUCAUACUUCUGCGAAUAUCACAAGAAACUGCCAAAUCAAGUCAUCUCCUACCCUGAAGGAAACACUGUUGAUCUGUCUGUCACAGUGAAACUGGAGAAGCCCAGCAUCUCCUUGACGUCUCCUCAGGCCAUGGUGAUCUACAGCCCAGACAAGAUAUCUGUCACCCAGGGAAGCAGCUUCUCCAUCACCUGCUUGAUGCAUUCCACAUAUGGGAAAGGCGUUUUCCACCUGAUGAGGUCUGACAAGCAAACAAGUGAAACUCAGCCGGCGUUCACUCACUUAAUUUUCAGUCAGGCCAACUUUGACUUCCCGACGAUAGGCUAUGAACUCCAAGGAGAGUACACCUGUGUCUACAGUUUUAACAUCUCCUCAUCGCCUUUCUUCUCUGCUCCUUCCAAGACUCUCCAAGUCACUGUCCAGGCCUCGUCAUCCUCAACUGUCGGAGGAGUUGUCGGAGGUCUUGUGGUCCUGCUGGUAGUGCUGGUUAUAGGAUACCUGGUCUGGAGAAAUAAAUGGUGUUUUGCUGGUACAACGAUUCAGUUUGAAAACAGGCUCGCAGCAGCAAACAAGUCAAGCAAUGGACGUCACAGUACAGAAUACAACAAUCAAGAUGCAAGCAACACGGAUGAGAGCAUCCCUGAAGACCUGGCUGGGAGAGUGUGCUAUGAGCUCGAACCACUUGUUUGCACAGGGCAUAAAUAAAACACGACCAAAAAGAAAAAUACUGACUGUUUUAUGCUCUCACGCAAAGUAUGAUUUUAAUCAGCAUCACAUGAGCUAUAUGCAGACGCUCUAUAGAUUAGUAUAAUCCAAAAGUUGUUUUGAGGAUUAAAGAGACUGUAUUUUAUUUUGUACAGUAUGUUCAUUUUCUCUUUGAGAUGAUAUAUGUUACUCAGGAUUUCCUGCACAUUCUCUUUUUUCAGUGUUACUGUAUUUUUUGCUUUGUACUUUCUUGCGAACAACACUGAUAUAAUAUUGCCUGUGUUUUGCUUGCUGUACUGUACAUGUAUAUGUGCAUACACACAGUCCUAACAAGUUUUUCUAUGUGGAACAGGAAACAAAGCCACAACUGGCUCUGACAAUAUUCACAUUUUGUGUCCUCAUUUAUUGUCAAAUAAACAACAAUCCAAAAUCA